CACAACAGCAGAUCACAUUGCUUUUAUUUUGGAAACUUAAAACAUGAUUAUUUUUUUCCUGCUAGCUAAACAUAUUACAUACUCAAAGGGUCAAAGUACAAGUAGCCUAGUUCACAAUAGGAAAUGUUUUUCUGAGUAAUCUUAACUGAAGUUCGUGCUUAACUGGAAUGUUGGAAUAAGCGCCGCAGUUUUCACAUUUCUACUGUCAGUGGUCCAUUCACUAAGCUUAGUGUGAAUUAAACAUCUGCAUUCCAAGUAGCAGCAGAGGUACUGGACGGAUGCAGGAAUGAAGGCAAUAUAUAUAUAUAACAUCGUCUUCAGAUCAGAUUAAAGUAAAUGCAUUUAAUCUCAAUGCAUGACAGUGUUCGAGUCGGGUUUCAAACUGUCUUUCACUUUUGAUUGUAUUUCAACCGUUUGUUCCUAAGAUCCAGCUUUGUUACGGAUUUGGAUAAAGUUUGGUGUCAAGAGUUAAAUCGUAGCCAUUCAACACUUUAUCGAGAGGCUCAAUAAUGCCGAAAGUUAUUUUCGUUACCUACCUCAUAGCUGCCUUGGAUAUCACAUGGAUGUUUUUACAGUUCUCCAUAACUCCUUAUCUGGCAAGGAAGCUGGGUUUUGACACGUUAUGGAUAGGCUAUUUGCAAACAACGGUGGGUGUUUUGCAGCUUUUGGGAGGACCGAUAUUUGGCAGGUUUGCUGACCUUUUCGGGGCCAGGGCAGCCUUGUGCCUCUCCUGUUCUGCCAAUGUGGUCUACUACGGGUUACUAGCUGCAGCUGACAGUCCGCUCAUGCUGUUCAUCCACAAACUCCCCGCUGUCUUCAUGCACGGCCUGCCUGGAGCCCAGAUGGUGGUGGCAGACCUUACAGAACCGGACAAGCGGGCAGCUGCCCUCGGUAAGCUGGGCCUGUGUUUCGGAAUUGGCAUGGUGGCUGGCUCCUCCUUGGGUGGUACGCUGAACACAAACUACGGGGAAACCUUAACUGCGUGUGUAGCUGUGGGUGGGAGCUUAAUCAACUUACUGUUGGUUCUGAAGUUUAUCCCAAAAAACACUAAAUCACAAGCUCCGCAGGACCAAUCACAAGCUCUGCAGGACCAAUCAAAGCAGAAGAAGUCAGUCUUUGACAUGGGUGAGAUCAUCCGACUUAUGAAGUUCCCUGGGGUUGCCAAAACCUUCUCAAUCAAGAUCUUCUCUGGCUUACCAUCAGGGGAUUCUGUCUCAGUUAUCUUUCAGGUCAUGUUCUCCAUCAUAGCCAUGAACUUCUUCCAACUGGAGCCAGCGCAGAAUGGCUACUUAAUGGCUUACUUUGGGAUUGUGUCAAUGGUAAUCCAAGGGGGUGUCAUAGGACGUUUGACGGCAAAGUAUUCCGAGAACUCGUUGCUUCUCCUCUCCAUCGGCAUGUCAAGUCUGGUAGGCCUGGCUCAGGCCUUCAUGACUAACGUGUACCAGUUCUGCUUCAUCGUCCUGCCCAUGAUGUUUUCCCUCAGUGUGUUCAAUGUCAUCACUGACAGCAUGCUGACAAAGACUGUGCCUUCUUCCGACACUGGCACCAUGCUGGGGUUGUGCGCGUCUGUGCAGUCCCUGCUUCGCACCAUCGGGCCGACAAUUGGAGGCAUCCUGUACCAGAACUAUGGAGUGUCGUCUUUUGGGCUCAUGCAGUUUGCAGUGAACACGACAGUGUUUGUGUUCAUGCUUAGAAACAUGCCCAGUAGCAAAGAUGAUCACAGAAAAUGACACUGUGAAGUGAAAUACACAGGGCAUUUUAAGUUGACCAAAAUCAAAUUUUAUAUUUUCAGAGAACUCAAUUAUAGUUCUAUACUGCCAACAGCUUAUGUCUUUAAAUGUGAAAUAUAUUUGUAUAUCUGA